CGCGUGUAGAAAAGACAGAUAGCAACGACGAACAGCAGGAGCCAGCUGGAGACGAAUUUUGAAACUUUUGUCCGAUGCCAUCGCGCGUGGCCGUGAUCGGCGCGGGAGCCGCCGGGCUGGUGGCGGCGCGCGAGCUGAGGCGCGAGGGCCACGCGCCCGUCGUCUUCGAGCGCGCCACCGGCGUGGGCGGCACCUGGCUCUACGACCCGGCCGCCUCGUCCGACCCGCUCAGCGCCGGCGGUUCCUACUCGAGUCUCUACGCCUCCCUCCGCACCAACCUGCCCCGCGAGAUCAUGGGCUUCCUCGACUUCCCCUUCGUCGCCGUCGAGGGCACCGACAGCGACCAGCGCAGGUUCCCCGGGCAUGAGGAGGUUCUCCGGUACCUCCAGGAGUUCGCGCGGCGGUUCGACCUCCUCGGGAUGGUCCGGCUCGGAACAGAGGUGGUCCGCGUGCACAGGGACGCGAGCGCGGCGAGCUGGAGGGUGGCGUAUAGCUCGAGCAAGCUCGCCGGCGUCGGCAGCGAAGAAGUAGAGGUGGGGGAGGAGGAGGCGUUCGACGCCGUCGUCGUCUGCAACGGCCACUUCAGCGAGCCGCGCCUCGCCCACAUCGCCGGCAUAGAUAGUUGGCCCGGCAAACAGUUGCACAGCUACAAUUACCGUGUGCCCGACCCAUUUCACGGCCAAGUUGUGGUGAUAAUAGGAUAUCAUCCCAGUGGGAUAGAUAUCUCGAGGGAACUUGCUGGUGUCGCCAAAGAGGUCCAUGUUGCCAUCCGAUCGGCGCCUUGUGAAAUGCAGACUACUCCUACUACUGAUCGUUCCAACUUGUGGCUACAUUCCAUGAUUGAGCGUGCCGAGGAAGAUGGCUCUAUUGUGUUUCAAGAUGGCAGUCGUAUCAAAGCGGAUGCUAUUGUGCAUUGUACUGGAUACAAGUAUAACUUCCCGUUCAUAGGUGAUGACAUUGGUACCUAUGUGGAAGACAACUGCGUGCGACCGCUCUACAAGCACGUGUUCCCUCCCCAACUAGCUCCUCACAUCUCCUUCAUCGGAUUGCCCUUCGCGUCUAUCCUUUUUCCAUUGUUUCAACUCCAAAGCACCUGGGUGGCUCGAGUUCUAUCAGGAAGAAUUGAGCUCCCAUCACAAGACAACAUGAUGCAUGAUGUGGCAGCAUUUUACGCAGACAUGGAAGCUCGCGGAUGCCCCAAGAGAUCCACUCAUGACCUCAGAUGCACGUUUGAGUACGAGGACUGGUUGGUGGAGCAAUGUGGGAUGGAGAAGAUCGAGGAGUGGAGGAAACUUAUAUACAUCAUGGAAAGAACCACGGCGCCCGAUCGGCAUGAGAGCUAUCGAGACGAGUGGGAAGACAACCAUUUACUGGCACAGGCACAGCGGGAUUUCACAAAGUAUCUCUGAUUUAAUGUCAUCCAGAAACUCUUUCCAUCUACUCACUAUUUGGCUUCCAUCGGUGAAUUACUUUGUUUCAGUGCUUCUUUUAAUUUGCAUAUGUACAAAAUCUUGAAAAAAAAAAUUGAGGCAUGUAGCAGACAUGAAAUCAAGAUCAGAUGAAAUGCCCAAAAUACAUCGUUUCAUAAUAUAGGUAAUCAUUUGACUUGAACUCAUGUACCAAGACAAUGAAGUUGGUGUUAUCGAUAGUGGGCGACAGGUAUGGCGGCAUGGGAAUACUAUGAUGUAAUUGUGAUCAAACCUGUUAUGGUAAAGUGUAAUAAAUAGCCAAAGUCAAGUCAACCCAAUAACCAGAGUCCAAGCUACUAGUCAUGGUUAGCAAGUCAAAGAUAAAGAAAAGCUAAAUGAUGUUUAAAUUACAAAAUUUACAGGCAUAUAUUUGUUUCCAUUAUCUACCUAUUUGAUUUUUUCCCCUUAAAACCAUGUGAUUUUUGCUAAAUAUGCCCUGAGAUGUCUUAUGCUAUGUUUGUUUGGUCAUUUCCUCUCGCUCUAUCGACAUCAUAGAUGUGAAAGGA